GCCGCCCCGGAGCUGCGGCUUCCCGGGUCAAGCCCCCGAUGGAAGCAGAGGCCGCGGAAGCCCCCCCGGGAGGGGUCGAGGCGGCGCUUAGCUGCUUUUCUUUCAACCAGGACUGCACAUCCCUAGCAAUUGGAACCAAAUCUGGUUAUAAGCUGUUCUCGCUGAGCUCGGUGGAACAACUGGACCAAGUUCACGGAAGCAAUGAAAUCCCGGACGUGUACAUUGUGGAGCGCCUCUUCUCCAGCAGCCUGGUGGUGGUGGUCAGUCACGCAAAACCACGGCAGAUGAAUGUCUACCACUUCAAGAAAGGCACAGAGAUCUGUAAUUACAGCUACUCCAGCAACAUCCUGUCCAUAAGGCUGAACCGGCAAAGGCUGCUGGUCUGCCUGGAGGAGUCCAUUUAUAUUCACAACAUUAAAGACAUGAAGCUGUUGAAGACCCUACUGGAUAUCCCUCCAAAUCCAACAGGUCUGUGUGCCCUCUCUAUCAACCAUUCCAAUUCCUACCUGGCCUAUCCUGGAAGCCUGACGACCGGCGAGAUCGUCCUUUACGACGGAGCGUCUCUGAGGAGCGUCUGCACCAUUGCCGCCCACGAGGGGGCGCUGGCUGCCAUCGCCUUCAACGCCGCGGGCUCCAAGCUGGCCAGCGCUUCUGAGAAGGGCACAGUCAUCCGGGUGUUCUCCGUACCUGAUGGGCAGAAGCUGUAUGAGUUCCGGCGAGGGAUGAAAAGGUAUGUGACAAUCAGCUCUCUAGUUUUCAGUAUGGACUCGCAGUUCCUCUGCGCCUCGAGCAACACCGAGACCGUGCACAUCUUCAAGCUGGAGCACCUCCCCCAGAGCCGACCGGAAGAGCCUUCGACCUGGAGCGGCUACAUGGGAAAGAUGUUCAUGGCCGCCACCAACUACCUCCCCGCCCAGGUGUCAGACAUGAUGAACCAGGGCAGAGCCUUUGCCACUGGGCGGCUGAACUUCUCUGGGCAGAGGAACAUCUGUACCCUCUCCACGAUCCAGAAGCUGCCGAGACUGUUGGUUGCGUCGUCUGAUGGGCACCUGUAUAUCUAUAAUCUGGACCCCCAAGAUGGAGGAGAAUGUGUCUUAAUAAAAACCCACAGCUUGCUCGGCUCAGGAACAACAGAAGAGAAUAAAGAAAAUGACCUCAGACCUUCCUUACCUCAGUCCUACGCAGCAACGGUAGCCAGACCAAGCACAUCUUCAGCCUCCACGGUGCCAGGUUAUUCUGAGGACGGCGGGGCGCUCCGAGGAGAGGUCAUUCCCGAACACGAGUUUGCGACGGGACCAGUGUGUCUUGAUGAUGAGAAUGAAUUCCCCCCUAUAAUCUUGAGCCGUGGAAGUCAGAAGGGCAAAGCGAAGCAGUCAUGAUGAGAAGCACACCUCAGAAAUCAGGACAGCCCCUAUCAGGUGGUUCUGGAGAACCCCAGGAAGGUGGAAGAAUGGAGUGCAAUUGUGUGA